AUCAAAGAUAAAGAGAAAAGAAAAAGAUCUAAAAAAAAUAUAAUCGCCAAUUUGGAUUCUUUGAAAACAGAUUUCGCGGUUGAGCCGUUGCUGGGAAUCUGAUCGGAGAGAGAGCAGCCGGCAGCCGGAGGAGCUUGGAGUUCGUCGCCGAUCGGAAUCAAUGGAGGUCCUUCCCAUUUCAAUGGAUGCUUACAGAUUAGGGUUCAUCGGAGCUGGAAAAAUGGCUGAGAGUAUAGCAAGGGGCAUUGUCCAAUCUGGCCUCUUACCUCCUUCUCGAAUCUGUACGGCUGUUCACUCCAACCCUAAUCGCCGCAUUGCCUUCGAGUCCUUCGGUGUUCGAGUUCUUCCGAGGAACGACAACGUAGUUGAAGAGAGUGAUGUGGUUAUUUUCUCUGUUAAACCUCAAGUUGUUCAGAAUGUGGUGUUGAAGCUGAGGCCUCUGCUCACGGGAAAGAAGCUUUUGGUUUCAGUUGCUGCUGGGGUGAAAUUGAAGGAUCUGCAGGAUUGGGCAGGUCAUAACCGAUUUAUUAGAGUUAUGCCAAAUACUCCAGCUGCUGUUGGUGAGGCUGCAUCAGUAAUGAGCUUGGGAGAAGGUGCAACAAAGGAGGAUGGCCAUAUAAUAGCUAAAUUAUUUGGAUCUGUGGGUAAGAUAUGGGAAGCUGAUGAGAAGUUAUUUGAUGCAAUCACUGGUCUGAGUGGUAGUGGGCCAGCAUACAUAUUCCUGGCAAUUGAAGCUUUGGCUGAUGGAGGUGUUGCUGCAGGUCUACCACGAGAACUUGCAAUGGGUCUAGCUUCUCAAACUGUGUUAGGAGCGGCCUCCAUGGUCACCAAAACUGGGAAGCACCCUGGACAGCUCAAAGAUGAUGUUACAUCGCCUGGUGGGACUACCAUUGCUGGUAUCCAUGAAUUGGAGAAGGGAGGACUCCGCGGCAUGUUUAUGAACGCUGUCGUUGCUGCUGCUAAGCGGAGCAAAGAACUUUCCCCAAAGUAGUCAGAAUAUUCAGCCUCCAGGGAAAGUAGAGGUAAUUCUUUUCUUUGAAGUCUAGAAGAGGUGAGGAAAUAAGCUAACUAGGAAAGUAGAAUCUUGGAAGCUUUAGAAUUAGUGUUAAUAGUUGGGGUAUUUAUAAGUCAUCCACUCAUCUUCUGCACUCUCAUUAAAAAUGUGGAUGAAGAACCAAAUCCCCACUCUUUUAGGCCAUCUUUAGGCAGAGUUUUUUUUUGGUUUGUUUUAAUAUUUGAAUCUGUUCUGGAACUGAUUGUACUAUAUCUUUUAUUAUCACYAACUCCAAAAGAAAACCCCUUGAUUUUCCUUAUAUUUUCACUCUA